ACAAGAAUACCACUGGGAUUAUAAUACUUCACUGCUUAUCUCGUCAUAAUUGUUAAUCAGUUCAUGUUGAUGUCAGGUAUCUAUCUGAAGAAACAUGAGUACUACCGUUGAAAUAGUAAGUUCUAAGCGAAGCAAAUCUUUCACAAACUCAAAACUACUUGGAAACAAUUUGUCUACCAAAGCCAUUUUAGCUCAGACGGAAAAUGGUAACAGUGAUGAUAGUGGUGUUGACGAGAACGAAGUGUUUGACAGUCAUUCAAAAGGCGAUGAAAAAAAGAAAAUUGAUGUUUACAAAAACAAAAGGCCAGUUUUGUCUAGAUCCAAACGUGGAAGCAUUUGGAGUUUAUUCAAAGUAGGAAAUAGUAAAAGUUGGACUUUGCCACAUAAUGAAGGUAUUGAUGACAAUUUUUACAAUGAAGCAGAACAUAGACGCCUUCAAAAGACCAAAAGUCUACCAGCUAUGUUGCCCUCAAAACUUUCAUUAUAUGACACAUCAUCAAAAACAUCAGAUCUUGGUGAUUCAAUUCCAUCUACACCUGUUUCAACUAUCAGUAGUACUGGCCAAGUGGAAACACCAGGUCUUGUUGGUUUACAUAACCUUGGAAAUUCAUGUUACUUUAACUCAGUUUUGCAAUGUCUAGCUCAUAUUGAUAUAAUUGGCGAGUAUUAUGCCACUGAUCAUUUUUGGGAAGAUAUCACAUCCACAACUAUUAAAAGGGGUGACAAAAAAUAUAAGUUAGUAAAAUCAGAACAGAUCGUAAAUAAUAAUAACAAUAAACAUGGUCAACUAUCAUAUGUAUUGUCACAAAUGAUAAAAAGUUUAUGGCAGAAUGAACUGUACAGUAUUGAUCUGGUUCAACAGUUUCAUCAUAUGAUUGGAUAUUAUGGAAAGCAAUAUCAAGGUGGAGAGCAGCAGGAUGCACUUGAAUUUUUGAUGUGGCUUAUUGACAAAGUACAUGAAGAAAGUACGAUAGCACCAAAAGCAAAGCAAAAAGAUUUAAAGCAUUUAAAUGUUAAAAAAAAGAAACAUCAAAGUGAGCAUGAACAAGCUGUUAUAGCUUUCGCUUCAUACACAAAGUAUCAUCAGAGCUACAUUCAAGGGUUGUUUCUCUCUCAGUAUCGAUCAACAAUAACAUGUCCAAAUUGCUCCAAGCAGUCUUCCACAUUUGAUCCAUACACCUGUGUAUCCUUGUCAAUUCCACAACGAAAAACACAAGCUUUGUAUGUUACCGUCGUAUACAAGAAUGCUUCCUUGAAACCUCUAAAGAUUGCAUUUAACAUUGAUAGAAAAACUUUAAUUGGUGUGUUAAAACAGAAAAUAAAAGAAAGAGUCAAAUUAGAAAAAUUCAGUUUAGUUGAAUUGCUGUAUAAUGGCACACCAAAAAUUCUCCAAGAUAGCAGUCCUGUUAAAAUUUUGUCCAAACAGGAAUAUUCUGUGUAUGCUGUGGAGAUUGGUGAUGAAGUUCAUAUGCCUGCAGGGACAAAUUUGGAAGAGGAAACCAAUCGUUUUGUUCUUGUAGUCAGCAAUGUCGAAAUUCUCGGUACCGAACAUAGAAGGUUUGGAACUCCCAUUACUAUCAAUACAACCAAGGAUAUUUCUUUUAAACAAAUACAAGUAUUAAUCCGAAAAAAUCUUGCCGAAGAAGUGAGAAACGUGCUGAAAAAGACGAUCAAAGAGCACCAAGUUAGACUUGGCAUUCGCAUCAUCAACCCGCAUGAAGCUAGUCAAUCUUUUGUUAACAAUAACUGCGAGUUUCCGCUGAAAACAGAUGCCGUAAAACGAGCGUUGGUGACCGACCUCAAAGAACAGGUUGAAUAUUUAUACCUCGUAGCUGAGUGGGAACCAGUCCCCUCUGGAUGGUAUGUCAGUAAGGUUAAUAUUACGCUACCCAAAGACGACGCAUCAUGUAGAGAAGUUCGCGCCAAAUUUUCAACACCAUAUACAGUCAGUUUAGAGGACUGUUUAAAUCUUCAAACAGAAGAGGAGAAACUUGAUGACGUAUGGCAAUGUCCAUCUUGCCGCACAGAACAACGUGGUGUGACCAAGAAGCUUACUUUGUGGUCACUACCUGAUGUUCUGGUGCUGCAUUUAAAACGAUUUGACCAGUUGCACGAGUUUCACGACAAAAUCUCCACGCUGGUUAAAUUUCCUGUGGAAGGUUUAAACAUGUCUUCUCACGCAGCUACCUCAAGCAGCAAACUUCUAAACAGCAAACAAUAUUUGAAACACAGCGCACGAUUGAAUUAUCAGCCACCUCCUCAAACAGAGGCUGAGUGCAUGUAUGAUUUAAAAGCUGUGUGCAACCAUAUUGGAUCGAAACUGAAUAGUGGUCACUACACAGCGAUGACGUACAAUUCUGUGAAUGGAUUUUGGUACUCAUUUGACGAUAGACACGUCCGUCAAAUCAGCGAGAAAAAUAUUGUAACAUCGGGAGCUUAUUUGUUAUUUUAUCAAAGACGGGACUUGAGUUCACGCAUUCCAAGUAACAUUUACUUAUCUGUUUCGAAAUCAAUGCAUUCACCGCUUGAACAUUGGUCCUAUAAAAUGCCUAGACCGCACCAACUUGGUUUGCAUCCCAUAACAAGAGAGGACAAUAAUGUGUAUUAAGUGUAACGGUUAACCUGCCGUGAAAUAGUAGAUUUGUUGGUGACAGGCAACAAAUAUCGAACUUUUUUUUUAUUAAA